UUUGAUUUGCAUUCUUCUGGCUCCAGCCCCGUUACCGCGAUCUCGGCUGUUUUCAAACUAGGCACAUUCUUUCCUCGUAACCCUGGCCGCAGCACUGCCGCAGCUCGCAGUCACCCGACAGCAGCACCGUCCUUCCGACUACCAAGCGGCUGCAAUACAGGAAGGGAUACCCAGGCCUCCCAUAAGCCUCAAAGCCGAACGUGAGUCGACGCCGGCCAGCGCCGACCAGACAAACAAGUACCUGCCAUCCAUCGACAGCCUCGACCGGCUCAGUCAAGACAGGUUGGUCCGCGCUAUACGGAGAUGCAUGGUCAAUAGUUUCGAAUUAUCUCGUCACCUCCGUACUUGACCUCCUUCUACCAAUCCGCAUGGUUGCGAAGAUGGGAAAGCGACCGUCGUCGAGGUCGAUAGCGUAUUCUCUGAGCACAAGAGAGUCAAGCCAGUCAGUACAGCUGGGCUGGUCUGAUGAGAGUCCUGACCAUCGAGGCGACGCGGAGCACGUGCAACAAAUCCAGACAACAGACAUGGACCUCGAUCUCACCCCAGCUGGUAACCACUGCACAAAAUCGACUGCAACAAAGCUACUCGAAGCGGUUGCGGCUGUCAUGGGAGGUACUGAGCGCUCGCGGCAAGAGGAGGAAGCUGCGUUCGCCGCUCCUCGCGAAGCACCUGAUGGGCACGAGAAAGGCGACGGUGGCCAUCUGGCAGCUGCCCAUCUUCACACGAGCUACUCGGGAGGUACACAUCGUUGGGCAAGGAGUCAUACCACAUCUGGCCUGCAGCUGUAUCCGGAUCCGCAUCACGUUGGCGCGUCCACUGAAACGACAGGUCUAGGACUCCACCUUUGCAGCCCAGCAACCGGUCCGCCACCCACCACAGGGGAGGGAGCAGAAGGCCCGGAAUGGAAUAGGCGUUCCAUUCCGAGACUUGGCGCAGGAAAGCGGCCGCGCUCCCCUUCAGCCCCCUGGACGGUUGCUUCCCUACCGGACGGUAUCCCUGCAUCCACAACCACAGUCUCUUUCGCAGCGGGGAGUUCGGCGGUGAUGGCAGAUGCCGGGGCCAGUCGCAUUUCUUCACUCUCUGCCUCGCAAGGAGAAGGUAUGCAAAUGAUAGUAAUGGCGCAAGUGUCGCAACAGCAACAAGUACAGCAGCAGCAGCAAGGACCCUUUGCAUCGGCCUGGCCGUGGUCUUGUCAGCCAGCGGAACAAAUGCACCCACAUUCGACUCCGUUGUCUCUACCGGCGAUGCACAGCGCGCAUUUCUUGCAACAAGCGAUGGCGACUUCACCGGACGCGUUCCCUCAGUUCGAAUCACCCAGUCUUUCUAUGGCUGGGGUUCAGCAUGAUCUAUCGAGCAUUAGCAUGUUUCCGCAUGUUUCUGCUCCCUUCACUUUUGCCUCUAUUGUGCCGACUAGCAUUGCCGUGCCACAGUUUGAUCUCACUCACCAUUUUUCCAGCGCGGAAGCAGCUGCUCCUGCCAUUCACUUCAACGGGGCACCGCCCAUGAACGUCCCCGCGCUCGACGUUUUGAGCACCCCGACCGGACGCAGCAGGUGCAGCACGGUGGGUCAAAGUCUGUUGGAGGGGGCUAACAAAGCGUCGGAAAUGGGAAGCCUGCAGCUGGAAGAAAAGCAGCGCCUGACAUCCAAGGAGCAGCCGCGGGCCCAAGCACUACCCCGCUCGAAGGCCAAUCCACCGGCAGCAGCAGCUGUGUCCCCAAGCGCAACCGAUCCCUUUUCAUUUGAGCUGCUUAUCGGCAGAAGUCAUGCCGUCCGAGCCGCAGCCAAAGGCGACGAGCACAUGGCGACGGAUGACGAAGGCUCGAAACCCUUUUCGUCCACCCCUGAAUUUGCUGGCCUCAACUUGACUACAGCAGAGGAAACAGAUGGCAGCCAUGACAGCCCCUCCUCCGUCCAACAACUUUCUGGGAGACACUCUGAUGAACUGGACCGAAAAGAGAUGGACGGAGUCUCCUCAUGUGAUGAUGACUGUGACGACGAAGACGAGGGUGAGGACGAAGAAGAGGCUGGUCCCGACGUGAACAACACUCUGCCCGAAUGUCUCACCGUUAACAUUGGCAUCAACGGUUCCGGAGACGCGACAAAAUUCAGCCAGUUCAGCGAUGCCAAGGUGGCGGGCAGCUUGGCGAGCCUGACGAGUGAGAUAUCUGAAGACCCCAAUGCCGUUCUGACCAGUCCUGCUGUAGCGGAGGACGACUGGGACGAGUUGCGCGAAAUGGUGGAGCCUUCACACCAGGGCAGUAAGCCUGCAGUCAAGGCAAAGAGGGUAUCGCGAAAGCAGCUAGACGCCAUGACGCCUGAGGAGCGCGAAAAGUUCAUCGCUGCCAAGAAAGAAGCCUGUCGUGAGCGCAGGAGAAUGACGCACAAUGUCGUAGAGCGGCGGAGGAGGGACCACAUCAACGAGUGUAUCUCGGAGCUUGCGACGCUGUUGCCGGAGAGCAUGCUUGUGGAAGCGAUCGCGUAAGUGAAGGGUCGUUUUGGAGAGCGAGUCCACCAACGCUGAUGGUCUGACGUCGGCCUUUCCCAUUUUUCCUGAAGCGCAUCC